AUGCCCGCUCCGACAGAAGAAGAGACCCCUCAGACACAACCUCAGCAGACCCAGCCGAGCCAGCCAAGCCAACAGAGCCAACAGAGCCAAGGCCACCAUAUCGAACUCCCCGCGGAGAGCGAAACACCGAAACAUGAAGGAGAGGGUAGCACAGAACUAAAGGAUCACAAAGGCUGGGACGGGAAGGCCCGUGUUUCCAAGAGCGCAACACUCAAGAACCCUGAGGCGCUUUCAGAUCCUGAGUACUCCGAUGAGGAUAACGUCGUCCCUGGAGAGCAGAUUGAGGCCGAUGAAGACCUGUUGGACGAGGAGGACCCUGAGACAGACGAAAUUAUCUGCACACAUGCGCGCAUCCGGUCGAUCCCAGCGCUCCGUCUCGAACGCUUCAAAAAUCUCCAGCGCUUAUGUCUGCGCCAAAACCUGAUCCAAGAGAUUGAAGGCCUGGACGGCAUCGCCGACACUAUCCAAGAGCUUGAUCUCUACGACAACCUCAUUUCUCACGUGCGCGGUCUGGACAAGCUCGUCAACCUGACCUCUCUCGACCUCUCCUUCAACAAGAUCAAGCACAUCAAGCACGUCAACCACUUAACCAACCUCACGGAUCUGUUCUUCGUCGCAAACAAGAUAUCCAAGAUCGAGAACCUCGAAGGCCUUACCAAGCUGCGCAACCUGGAACUCGGCUCAAACCGCAUUCGUGAGCUGCAAAACCUCUCCCACUUGACCGCCCUCGAGGAGCUGUGGGUUGCAAAGAACAAAAUUACCUCUCUCAAUGGCCUGGCUGGCCUCAACAACCUGCGCCUCCUCUCCAUUCAAUCUAACCGCAUCCGCGACCUGUCUCCGCUCAAAGACAUCCCCCAGUUAGAGGAGCUCUACAUCUCUCACAACGGCAUCGAGUCGCUGGAGGGCAUCUCGCACAACACUCGCCUGCGCGUGCUGGAGGUCUCCAGCAACCGGAUUACGUCGCUGAAGGGCAUCGGCCCGCUGAAGCAGCUCGAGGAGUUCUGGGCCAGCUACAACCAGCUGGGUGACUGGACAGAGGUGGAACGCGAGUUGGCGGACAAAGAGAACCUGACGACUGUUUACUUCGAGGGGAACCCCCUGCAGACGCGCCAGCCGGCGUUGUAUAGGAAUAAGGUCCGGUUGCUGUUGCCGCAGGUUCGGCAGAUUGAUGCUACUAUGACCCGAGUGGACUAG